CCAUCUAGUCGCCAAAUUCUAGAAAUUACAUUGUGAGUUGUUUGUUUAUCCUGACAAAUUUAAUUUUCCAAUUUAAUUAGUUGAUUAAGUUUACAAUUUAGAAAGAUUAUUUUAAUUAGAUUUUCUUUUUAAUUAGAGUGUGGGAACUUGGACUUCCUAUUUUUCCAAAGCCAACUAAAUGACUAAAAAUGAGCGAAUUUUAUGUUUAUUUGAUGUCGAUGGAACCAUUACACCUCCAAGAUUGCGUAUUGAUCCGAAGGUCGAUUCUUUUCUAAGAAGAUUACGAGAAAAAGUUGCCGUUGGCCUCGUCGGUGGUUCCGAUUUGUACAAAAUUUUAGAGCAAUUGGGAUACAAGCCUGGAUCAGGUGGCCGAGAGGAUGAAAUUUUCUCUAAAUAUGAUUAUUUCUUUGCCGAAAAUGGUUUGGUCGCUUAUAAAGAUGGUAAACUGCUUCGUAAGGAGAGUAUCGUCAAUUUCCUUGGAGAGUUAAAGAUUCAGAUGUUUAUUAAUUUCGCCCUUCGUUAUAUGAGUGAAUUAAGAUUACCACGUAAACGAGGCACAUUCAUUGAAUUUCGCAAUGGUUUGAUUAACCUUUGUCCGGUUGGACGAAGUUGCACCCAAGCGGAAAGGGAAGAGUUUGCCGUUUACGAUGAGGAAAACAAAGUUCGCGAGAAAUUUAUCGAAGCUCUAAGAUCAGAAUUCUCCGGUGAUUUUGGCCUUUCCUUUUCCAUCGGUGGUCAAAUAUCAAUCGAUGCUUACCCGGUUGGAUGGGAUAAAACUUAUUGUCUCCAUUUUCUACCAGUUAAAUCUUUUGAUAAAAUCUAUUUUUUCGGAGAUAAAACCGAUGAGGGUGGAAACGAUCAUGAGAUUUAUAUGGACAAACGGACAAUAGGCUUUAAGGUUACUAGUCCUGAGGAUACCAUGAGAAAAGUUUCCGAACUGUUUGACGUUCCUAUUGAAUGAAAUCCAAUUCCUUCAACCAAUAGUCGUCCACAUCAAAUAUUAUUAUUACAUAUUAUUAUUAUAUUAUAUACGAUAUAUAUUAUACAUAUUUUCCACUCUCUCUCUCUCCUCUCCUCUCUCUCUCUCUCUCUGUAACUCUCAUCUUCGCCCUCUUUCCCUCCUCAUCUUCUUGACUUCUUCUUAUUCUAAUGUUAAGUUUCUAUACUUUUCAAGUGAUUAACAACCCAAGAGAAUCCAAUCAGAUAGAUCAUAUAAAUGUCCAAGAGGAGAAUUAAUUUCUUGUCCAUUUAAUCGGUAAAUUGUGCUAAUUAUUUAACGAUUAGAUUUCAAUAUAGAAAUUACAUUUAAUUCUUGA